AUGGUAUUGAAACUCUACGGCGUAUCUCAGUCCAGGGCCACCGUCCGGGCGGCAACUAUAUUGGUGGAGAAAGGCGUCCCAUUUGAAUUCAUUUCAAUCGACUUUGCAAACAAGCAACACAAGUCGCCAGAGUAUCUGAAGAAGCAGCCGUUUGGCCAGGUUCCAUAUAUUGACGAUGAUGGAUUCAUUUUAUAUGAGAGCCGUGCCAUUGGACGCUACAUCGCCGAGAAGUAUGCGGAUCAAGGACCAGCGCUUAUUCCGACAGAGUUGAAAGCAAAGGCACUUUUCGAGCAAGCGGCCUCAAGCGAACUCGCUAACUUUGAUCCAUACGCAUCGCAAAUAUGGAGAGAAGUUGUCAGACCAAAAAAACUUGGCCAAGAACCAAAUCUCGCUGCCUUCGUCAAAGCAGAUAGUGACCUUUCUGCCAAAUUAGAUGUUUACGACACCAUUCUAUCUAAGCAAAGGUAUCUGGCUGGUAACGAAAUCACUCUUGUUGACCUUUUCCAUCUCCCGUUUGGAUCAGGACUGCCGUUGGCAGGAAGUGAGCUGCUGGACAAAAAACCUAACGUCGCACGAUGGUGGCAAGACAUUAGUUCACGCCCUGCUUGGAUAGCAGUUAAAGACGGGGUGAAGAGUACAGCGUAG